CGAACAUUGCAACUAAUGCAGCCUAACCAUAAUCGUUUUUGUUUACAUAUUUUAUUUAGAUUGCUUAUAUACUUCGUUUUACAUUUUCAAUGGGAGUACAUGGUUUGUGGAGACUCAUCGAGCCCUCGGGAAAGCCUGUGCCAUUUGAGACUCUGGAGAAUAAAGUAUUAGCAGUGGAUAUUUCAUUAUGGCUUCAUCAGGCAGUGAAAGGGUAUCAAGAUUCUAGAGGCGCGACCGUCCCGAACGCGCAUUUACUUGGCAUAUACCACAGAGUGUGCAAACUCUUGUAUUUUAGGAUUAAGCCUGUAUUCGUGUUUGAUGGCGGUGUUCCGGCACUUAAAAGGCAAACGAUAGUUAAAAGAAACCAGUUAAAAUCUAAAAAGGAUGUAGAAGUGGACAGGCUUCAGAAGCAAAUUUUAAAUACCAUUUUAAAGCAUACGGCAAUCAACAAUCUACAUUCUGAAAAUGCAAAUCGCUUUGAUAUGGAUUCCUCUAAGGAAGAGCAAAAAAAAAACAAAAAUAAUAUAUACCAAAAUAUAUAUAAAUUGGAAAACUCAAACUCCUAUUGUAAUGACUCAGACAAUGAUUCUGAUGAAGAUGAACAAAAGUGCAGUCCUUCCAAGCAGUGGGAUCUGCACACAAUUGAUAUGGAAAGUAUCCAAUUUAAAUCCCUACCUGUGGAUGUACGCCAUGAAAUUCUCACAGACUUGAAAGAGACAAGAAAACAGUCAUCUUGGGGCAGAAUCCAUGAGAUUCCUAAAAUAAGCAAUGAUUUUUCCACAUAUCAAAUGAACCGCUUGCUAAAACGUCAGGCGGUACAGGCUGCUUUGGAAAAUGCAGAGAAGGAAAUGGGUGGGAAAACUUUAAGCCUUACAGAAUUGGAAUCCAUGUUACAAGAAGAAGGGGUGAUAUCAAAGCAAAAUCUUGGCACAAGAAUAGCUUCUGACAAAGAUACAAAGUUUGUUUUGAUAAAAGAUACUAAAGUUGCAUUGACUUUGGACAACACCGCACAAGGAGAAGCUCCCACAUCAGUAGCCAAUCCCGAGGAAUUUAAAAUUCAAAAUCCAGUGGUUAUUGAAAACAAAAAUAAAGCAGACCAAGAGUUCGAAAGUGACUUGCAAAAAGCAUUGGUACUUUCGCUCGCAAAUGAGCCGUCAACAUCUGAACAGGCCCUUCCACAGAAGUCCCAUGAGACAAAGCAAUUUGUUUUAGAAAAAUAUGCCAAUGCUGAUUUUCAAUCCAGUUUUAGCGAAGACGAGGCGGCUUCCAACGUUAACAUGACGUCUGCGCAGAGCUACAUGUCCGAGUACAGUGGCCUCACCCCUAGCGAAAUUUCGAAAAUUCUUGACGUCGGUAAAGAAUUAGAAAAUUAUCGGAAACAAACAAAUACUCAAGGCUUGACAAGUAUGGCACAAUACACCUGGGAUAAAAAAGAGGUGGAUCCGAACGAAAUCAUCUGCGCCGAACAAUCCGUUCAGGAAACAGUAGAUAGAAAGGCUAUUAGUGUCACAAUUAAACCGGAUGACGGCUUCGACCUCAAGGACGACCUUUUCUCCGACAUUUUCGAACGUUAUCGGAAAAACGACGCUCCAGUUCUUGAAGUUGAGAAAGGGGACCGUGACGUGGAUGUCUUGUCGUCUAGCGACUCCAGUGACUUUAUUGAUACCGAAGAUGUAAAUUUUAAACCAAAUAAUGAAGAGUCAAUUGCUAAAAAUAUCCGAGAAGAGGAAACUGUUGUGUCCCCUCCUGAAAGUGAUGGUUUUCGUGAAAUUUUCGAGGCCCCGAAAUCUGUAGCAGGGAAGGAGAAUGAAAUUUUCGACGUUCCGUCAGAAACUAAAUCGUUACCUAAUGAAACAAGAGACGAAUUAAGGGAACCUCUGCCCGAGGCUCCAGCCAGGAUUAAAAUGGAGCUCGAUGAGUUGAGAAACGAUCUUCAGCGUGAAAAAAUGGAGUUAAUGAGCGAGAAGGCGACUAAAGAGAGAAUAGCAAGCAACAUUACAGACCAAAUGUACCAGGAGGCUCAAGAGCUCUUGGAAUUGUUUGGGGUGCCUUAUUUGUCAGCCCCGAUGGAAGCCGAAGCUCAAUGCGCAUUCCUCGAUGAAGCCAAGCUGACGGACGGUACUAUAACCGACGACAGCGACAUAUGGUUGUUUGGCGGCCGCACAGUCUACAAAAAUUUUUUCAAUCAGAACAAAUAUGUUGCGGAAUUCAGGGCGGACGGUAUUCAAACACAUUUCAAGUUGACAAGGGAUGAAAUGAUACUACUCGCUCUAUUGGUAGGCAGCGACUACACCCCGGGGUUGCAGGGUGUGGGUCCUGUCACCGCAUUGGAAAUCCUGGCCGCUUUUCCGCCAACGAAACUUAAAGAUCAUGACCCGCAUCAUUUAAUAUCAGGCCUUAAGGAGUUUCGUUCGUGGUUCACUAAGGGUGAAUCGCCAGGCCCGGGUCGAGUAUCUUUAAAACGAAAGCUGAGGAAUUUGGUAUUUACGGAGGCGUUCCCCAGCGUACAAGUUGUCGAAGGUUAUCUCGUACCGGAGGUAGAUACGAGCAAAGAAACGUUCUCGUGGGGUCGGCCCAACGUAGACGCCCUAAUCGAGUUUGCUAAAGAAAAAUUCGGAUGGACGCGAGCCAAGGCCGAGCAAAUUUUACAGCCCGUAGUAGCGAGGCUUGCGGAAAAUCGUAUGCAGAAGUCUAUAAAAGACUAUUUUCAAACGAACUUCAAGGUCGAUUCUGGUAAUGUCGACAGCAAGUUAAGUAAGAGGGUUAAGUCUGCCAUAAGCAAUUUGGGCCAAGAUCCUUCGGUGCGUGUAAUUCAAGAUGUAAAAGAAGAAGUGGAGAAGAAGCUUAAGACGCGAGAAAAUGUCACGAAGUCUAAAAGAGUGAGGUCUAGUAAGAAAAAUACUCCCGGGGACGAUGAAAUUUCAAGUAGUAGUCGCCAGAUUGUGCCUAAUGUGAAAAAAAUUGAAAAUAAUAAAGAAGAAGAGGUGGCCGAUAAAAUCGAGGCAAUUCGUAGAAGAAGAAAGCUGAAAGCGGAACUCGAUGCAGCUGGUGUUCCUCGUCGUAAAAUCAGCAAAAAAACUAAGAUCGACGUUAUACCUGAGGAUCUGAAAACAGAUGAAGAUGUUUUCGUGUUAAUGCAGACGGCGAUUACGUCAGGGGCGAGAGUGGAAGAAAUUACAAACGAAGCAAAGGCGCAGCUCGAUAAGAUGGAAGCGAACAAGUCGGAUUGUAGUCGGGUUCGAGUUCUUACGAAGGAAGUGAUACCUCAAAGAAAAAACGAGCAGAGUUUGCACCUAAGAAACAAACUGAAAGCCAUAGAAGUUUUUAGGAAGAGCAAGAAAGGUCCGGGUUUUGUACCCAAGAAGGGAAGGAAGAGGAGAGAACCGAAAUCCGACGCCGAGUUGUCCGAAAUUAGCGAUUAAGAAGUGUGUGUAUUUUAAAUAAAGUAUUAAUUUUAAAGAUUUUUUUCUCAUGUGGCAACGAUGCAAUUUCUAAAUAUAUUGUUGCAUGAAUUUUUAUCAGAUGAAAGGGUUGUUAAAAAUACUUUUGUUUUAAACUAAGCAUGGUUUGGUGUAAAUAUAUUCAAUG